UUUUAUUCAGUGCUAUGGCCAGUGUAGUGUUGCAGCUAGUUCACAGUCCACAGCACAGAGGUAAACAAGGAAGUACCGCAGUCAGACCAAAGGCAAGGAUGGCAGUCCGUACGGCUGUGAACCGUGUAUGGCUCCUUCAGAGGAACUCUGUGACGCCUGUCUCAGUCCAAACACUCGGGCUUGUCAGAUACAAAAGCACCUGUCCAGUUGAAGUGAGUCAUUUGGAUCACUUGGUUCUGACAGUGAAAAGUGUGCCAGACACUGUCAGCUUUUAUACUUCAGUCCUCGGCAUGGAGGUCAUCACUUUUAAGGGAAACCGUAAAGCUCUGGGAUUUGGGCAACAGAAGUUUAACCUUCACCAGCUGGGACAAGAGUUUGAGCCCAAAGCCAAGUGUCCAACCUCAGGCUCUGCAGAUUUGUGCCUCAUCACCAAAACCCCUCUGGCCACAGUAGCUGCACAUCUCAAGGUCUGUGGAGUCGAGAUAGAGGAGGGUCCAGUGGAGAGGAGUGGAGCUGUGGGGGCCAUCACCUCUCUUUACUUCAGAGAUCCAGACCACAAUCUCAUUGAAGUGUCAAACUAUAACCAGUCAACAUCAGAGGGAUCUUCAUGAGACUUAUGUGGCCUGUACUGGAUCUGUCUGUUAGACCCAUUUUGUACAAUUUUCAGCUAUGAAGUUUUGAGACCAAAAUCACUGUAAUUCAAAUAACAUGACCUUUUCCACACUGGGAUUAAUAACAUCAAUUAGCUGUGCAGCUUAUGUGUAGGAAAAUCUGUUUUUUUUUAUAUUAUUUACUUUGUAAAGAGAAAUUGAAGCUUUUUGAAAAUAAAAGGUGUGUACUCAA